GCCGGUUCGGUGAUCAGACCAAGAGCGCAUCGUCCGCACAGUGGACACAGACGGAGUCGACGACCACGGGGAGACCAGUCAUCAUCAUCAUCACCACCGAGGUGUUGAUCGGAGGCGGCCACAGGAGGGGGUUUUAGUUUCGAUGGUACCUCUAACCGCUUCUCUUGGAUAAGACUUGUCCGCGCACAGGGGUCCCGAAGAUGAACCAGACCGCUACCGUAUCGCAUCAGGUGAAAUGCCAGUCUACGAAGACCAUAAAGGACCUGGGUGGGGUGAGUCCUCCUCAAAGGAACUGGAAGGGGAUUGCCAUCGCUCUGCUGGUCAUCCUGGUUGUCUGCUCCCUCAUCACCAUGUCUGUCAUCCUCCUCACACCAGCGGAUAACCAGGCAGGAAGUGACACCAAACUGACUGUGGAGGAUCUGUUCAGAGGCGACUUUAUGGUUCAUGACCCCGAGGCCAAAUGGAUCAAUGACUCCGAAGUCAUCUACCGGAAUCAUGACGGCCAUGUCAUCAAGUUCAACAUCCUCACUAAUGAAACCGAGAUCGUUCUGACAAAUACCACGUUUAUUAAUUUCAACAUGGCAAAGUAUUCCAUCUCUCCUGACUUAAAGUAUGUCCUCUUCGCUUAUGAUGUGAAACAGGUUUACCGCUAUUCCUACAUGGCCUCCUACAGUAUCUACAACAUCCAUACAAGGGAGCUCUGGGAGCUGGACCCCCCUGAGGUGGUGAACUCCGUCCUGCAGUACGCUGCCUGGGGUGUGCAGGGUCAACAACUGAUCUACAUAUUUGAAAAUAACAUCUAUUACCAGUCAGAUGUCAAGAGUAACUCCCUAAGACUAACCUCCUCAGGGAAGGAAGGAGUCAUCUUCAAUGGGAUUGCUGACUGGCUCUAUGAAGAGGAGAUCCUUCAGAACCACAUCGCACACUGGUGGUCGCCAGAUGGAGAGCGGUUGGCGUUCCUGGUUCUUAAUGACAGCCACGUGCCCAACAUGGCAUUGCCACGCUUCACUGGCAUAACAUACCCAAAGGGGAAGCAAUACCCUUACCCAAAGGCUGGCCAACCGAACCCCAUGGUGAAGCUGUACGUGGUGAAUCUCUAUGGGCCCACACACACUCUGGAGCUCACACCGCCAGACAGCCUCAAACUACGGGAGCAUUAUGUGACCAUGGUCAAGUGGAUCAGCAAGACUAAGACAUCUGUCAGAUGGCUGAAUCGAGCCCAAAACAUCUCAAUCCUGACUGUGUGUGACACCACAACGGGAGCCUGCGUCAAGAGACACGAGGAAAGCUCCGAGCUCUGGCUGUCCAAGCAGAAUCAAGAACCAGUGUUCUCCAGAGAUGGAAGCAGAUUCUUCCUGACAGUCCCAGUCAAGCAAGGGGGUCGUGGAGAAUUUCAUCACAUCGCCAUGUUCACCACACAGUUCAGAGCAGAUCAAAAUGAGGUCCGCCAUUUGACAUCAGGGAACUGGGAGGUGACCAAGAUCAUCGCCUAUGAUGAAGGCAAUGACAACCUUUAUUUCCUCAGUACAGAAGGAUCGCCACGAAGACGACAACUUUUCAGCGUUAAGACUGUGGGUCUGUUCCCACGACGCUGCUUAACGUGUGAGCUAAACAAAGCCCACUGUCUUUAUCUGGAUGCUGACAUCAGCCCCACAAAUCAGCACCUCCUCCUUCAUUGUAAAGGUCCCGAAGCCCCUACUGUGAUCUUGCACAGCCUCAAUAAUGCCAAUUACUACAUCCUGGAAAACAACUCUUUGCUGAAGGCUGCCUUGAGGUACAAAAGGAUCCAGCUGACUGACUUCAGGACUGUUCAGAUGGAGCACUUUGAGCUGCCUUUGAAGAUCUCCUACCCACCGGAUUUCUCUGAUUCCCGUCACUACGGCCUUCUUUUGAUAGUUGACGGCUCCCCUGGCGGCCAGGCUGUCAGCGACCGCUUUGUUCUCGACUGGGAUUCCGUGCUGGUCAGCUCAGACAACAUCAUUGUGGCUCGUCUUGAUGGGCGGGGAAGCGGCUUUCAGGGCCAGAGGAUUCUGCAUGAGGUCCACCAGCGUCUGGGGACCGUGGAGGUUCAGGACCAGAUUGCAGCAGUAGAAUACAUGAUGAAAUUCCCAUAUAUUGACCGGACGCGGAUAGGCAUAUUUGGGAGGGGUUAUGGCGCAUACAUAACAUUAAUGAUGCUCAAGUCUACAGACAGCCUGUUCAAAUGUGCAUGUGCAAUGUCACCAGUGACGGACUGGAAACUCUAUGCAUCAGCGUUCUCCGAGAGAUACCUCGGCAUGCCGUUACGAGACGACAGCAGAUAUCAGUUUUCCAGCGUGCUGCAGAAUGCGCAGGCAUUCAGGGAACAGACGCUGAUGCUGGUGCACGGCACGGCAGAUGCCAACAUUCACUUUCAGCAUACUGCUGAGCUCAUCAAGAACCUUGUGAAAGUUGGAGCAAACUAUUCAAUGCAGAUCUACCCAGAUGAGGGGCAUUUCCUCUCUAAGCAGAGUCGCCAGCACCUGUUUGCCACACUGACCAGCUUCUACAGGGAAUGUCUGAAGGAGGAGAUUCUACCGCUCUCUGAUGACGAAGAGGAAGAGGAGGAGUAG